UUUUUGUAAGACCUUAAUCGUGUAUUUUAAUGGAAGCCUACUGCGGUCACACCAAAGUGGAAAUCCACUUUAUUUUUCGGGGAUUUCGCGGAAACUUAAUGGAGUGCCUUAUCAAAUAGUGGUUUUAGUUACCCAAAUUUAGUUUAUUAUUUGCGUUGUCAAAGGUUCACAAAAAACUGGGAAAUGGUUUACGCAAAUAUUUUAAUCGGCCUCGGCUGUGUUAUCGUGGCAGUGGCAACGGCCAUCUACCUCCAGCGGCCCAGUUACGAGGAGCCCCAGUCUUACCGCCAAUCGGCCAGGAAUGACAGCUCUAAAGGCCCCGACAGCAAUGUGCGCAGGAGACUCAAUGAUCAACGCACACGAAUCAGCCGGCCGGGUGACAAGUGCCCCGUGUGCCUGGAGGAGAUGAGUCAAGACAAUAUGCACUCUCUGAAGUGCGGUCAUGCAAUGGAUAAAGAAUGCUUCGAGGAUUAUCGCUUCAUUUGCAGGAACUGCCCUCUUUGCGGCCAGUGCGUAAAUCCCACUUUGCCCGGUGAUCAAUGCUCUAUUUGUUGUGAGAUACUGAAGAAGGACGAUAUGGCAUUUAUGCCUUGCCUGCACGCUCUGCAUGGCGAGUGCCUAAGGAAGUUAAAGGAGAGCGGAAGCCCAUCCUGUCCGCUGUGCAGGGAAAAACUGUAGGAGUGCCACAUAUCUUGCGGAGAUCUUCAUCUACAAUCAAAGCAGAAAAUGAAUGCAACCACAAAUAUUAUCAGGUGCAAGGCACUUGGUGCACAAAGAAAAUUUAAUAACUAACAAAGAAAAGCGAUAAGCAAUAUAGGAAAGUCUGUCUUAGCGUGUAAUUGUCAAACGUUUUUGUUUAAUAAACAACAAAAAAUGCCUUAAA